AUGACAACAGAGAAGAGUCUAGCAGCGGAUGCUGACAAUUCGGAGCAGCAGCAAGCCAAAGAGGAGGAAGGAGCUGCUGAAACACAACAGCAAGAGGCUUCCCUAGAAGAAGAAGGGGCUCAGCAGACGUCGGAGGGACAGCCUGCAGCGGGGCAGAAGCAGAACGCCUCCAACGGCGAUACGCCCCCGCACGAGGAGCAGAGCAAGAAGGAGCGCCGCACCUCCGAGGGCCGGGGUCUCUCCCGCCUCUUCUCAUCCUUUCUCAGGAGGCCCAAGUCUCAGGUGUCCGAAGAGGACAAAGACACUGAUGCUCCUAAAGAGGCGGAAGGUGACCAGAAAGACCCGGGAUUAGGAGCAAGCCCUGAUGAAGACAUCCUGGUGAAAGCCCCAAUUGCAGCUCCUGAGCCUGAGCUCAAAACCGAUCCGUCGCUAGAUCUUCAUUCCUUAAGCAGUGCAGAAACACAGCCUGCGCAGGAGGAGAGGAGGGACGACCAGGAGCUGGACAGCAGAGACCUCGGGGGCAAGGAAGGAGGGGAAGCGAAGGAAGAGCGCGCCAAGCCAGAGCCGAAACAAGAGACUCCAGAGACCAAAGCAGACAAGGAUUUGAAAGCUGCCCAGAAAGCAGUAAAAAGACACAGAAACAUGUACUGCAAAGUUGUCUUGCUGGAUGACACCAUUUUUGAGUGUGCUGUGGAUAAACAUGCCAAGGGGCAGGACCUACUUAAAAAAGUCUGCGACCACCUCAAUCUCCUGGAAGAAGACUACUUUGGUUUGGCCAUAUGGGACACACCGACCUCCAGGACGUGGCUGGAUCCUGCCAAAGAAAUAAAAAAACAGGUUCAUGGAGGGCCGUGGGAUUUUACCUUCAACGUCAAGUUUUAUCCACCAGAUCCUGCGCAGCUGACAGAGGACAUCACCAGGUAUUACUUGUGUCUUCAGCUUAGACAAGACAUCGUUACAGGGCGGCUGCCCUGUUCCUUUGCGACUUUGGCUCUGCUGGGUUCGUACACGGUCCAGUCCGAGCUGGGAGACUACGAUCCCGAUCUACACAGCCCAGAUUACAUCAGUGAAUUUAAAUUGGCCCCAAACCAGACAAAAGAGCUCGAAGAGAAGGUGGUGGAGCUUCAUAAAACAUACAGAUCCAUGACUCCAGCCCAAGCAGACCUGGAAUUUCUUGAGAAUGCAAAAAAGCUGUCUAUGUAUGGAGUCGACCUUCACCAAGCCAAGGACUUGGAAGGAGUGGAUAUCACUCUGGGAGUCUGUUCCAGUGGCCUUCUUGUUUACAAAGAUAAACUGAGAAUCAAUCGCUUCCCUUGGCCCAAAGUCCUGAAGAUUUCCUACAAACGCAGCAGCUUCUUUAUUAAGAUUCGGCCAGGGGAGCAAGAACAGUAUGAAAGUACAAUUGGGUUCAAGCUACCAAGUUAUCGGGCGGCGAAGAAGCUGUGGAAAGUAUGUGUUGAACAUCACACGUUUUUCAGGCUGACUUCCACCGAGGCCAUCCCAAAGAGCAGGUUCCUGGCGCUGGGCUCCAAGUUCCGCUACAGCGGCCGGACGCAGGCGCAGACGAGGCAGGCGAGUGCCUUGAUCGACCGACCCGCUCCCCAGUUCGAGCGCACGGCAAGUAAGCGAGCCUCCAGGAGCCUCGAUGGAGCUAAACGUGCGACUCAAAAAGUUGAGUUCAGAGCCAUAGAGGAAGAGAAGCAGGAGGAGGUGGUGGUGGUUGAGGUUCCCGAACCAAAACCAGCGGAUCAGAUCCGAGAGAAGCCAGCCAAACGUGCUCUUGAAACUUUUGAAAUGAAACCCAUUGCAGAGGAGGAAGAGGAGGAGGAGAAGGUAGAGGUGGUUAAGGUUCCCGUUGCCGAGCCAAAGCUACCGAAGCCGUUGCAGACAUGGUCAGCCAAACGUGCUCUUGUCAGUGUUGAGAUAAGCCCAACUGAAGAGGAGGAGGAGGAGGAGGAGGAGGAGGAAGAAAAAAUGGUGGUGAUGAGCGAACUAGAGCCGGUCCUGAAGGAGCCAGCAGCGGCCGUGAUAACCCCCGAGAGGAGUCCCCGUCCCACCUCUGCCCCAGCCAUCGCCGAGAGGCACGCUGCAGAACCAGCCCCAGCUAAGCCCGACACGAAGGACGUGGCCGCUGCCCCUAAAAUAGAAAAAGAAGCAGCGAAACCCGAUGUGAGGCGUGAAGAGAUCCCGCCGGAGAAAGCCAAGCUGGAGCCAGCCGAUGCAUCAAAGGUGAGGAAAACGCACAUUGAGGUCACAGUACCCACCACGAAUGGUGACCAGCCCCAGAAAAGAUCAAAGAGGCUAGAUGGUGAAAACAUUUAUAUCAGGCAUAGCAAUUUAAUGUUGGAGGAUCUAGAUAAGACCCAAGAAGAAAUCAAGAAGCAUCACGCCAACAUCAGUGAGUUGAAGAAGAACUUUAUGGAGUCCGUCCCAGAGCCUCGGCCGAGUGAAUGGGACAAACGCUUGUCCACUCACUCCCCUUUCCGAACCCUCAACGUCAACGGGCAGAUUCCCACGGGAGCGGAUGGAGUCAAGAAAGUCACUGUCCUAUCUUCUGAGAGACAGGUUGGUGGGCUUGAGAGAAUGGGUGACUUUCUCUCCAGAGAGGAUGUGGCUGCAGUGGCAGAGAGGAGCAGUGCUAACACUGGCUUUGCGUGGGAGGGCUCAAAGCGGUCGGUAGCUUUUAGUGAGACCCCAGUGCCACCCGCCUCAGAGCCUUCUCCCAGCCGUCACUUCGCUGCUUCCUCCCCGAGCAGCGAGGAGGAGGAGGAGGCGGCAGCUCCCAGCCUCCCCGCGAGCGAGGAGGACCCGAGAUGUGGAAAGGGGGUUUGCGCGGAUGCGGAGAAGGACUCGGAGCUCUCUGAGCUGGAGCCCCCCGCCAGCCCUGCCGCGCCUCCCCGCCAGCCCUGGGGAGGAGAGGAGGAGGUGGCGGAGGCUGGUGAAGACAGAUUUGCCUUUAGAAAGCUAAAUGGCGAGUGUCACGACUCAGAUGUUAAUAACGGGCUGCCGGCAGUCAUUCGCUGCUUCCAG